UGUAUUUGAACUAUCGCCUAUUCAUUACGGAUAUAACGGCCCUUCUUGUCUACGUGAUAGCGUGAUAAAACGGUGUCCGUCCCUUUCUUCUUCGCAGUGUUAAAAAGUGACGGUUAUUUUAUCACGUGAAUAAAGUCAUCCAUAAUACGCCUGUUGUACGGAUAUGAUGGUCGUUUAUGUCUACGUAACUGCGUGAUAAAACGGUGUCCGUCCCUUUCUAUUCCGCAGUGUUAAAAAGUGACGGGUAUUUUAUCACGUGGAUAAAGCCAUCCAUGAUACGGCUGCAGGAAAUAAUAUCUAAGAGUGCGCAAGGCCGAUACGAAAGCCAAGACGGUGAAUUUACUAAGGCCUCAACCCUUCACGUCAUCCAUCCUAACUAGAAGCCUUAUGAGAAUAGAGGACGACCGCUUCUCCAUAACGUAGUCCCCAAUUUCCACCCUGGAUAUUGAGAUUCAGGAAAAUAUUUUUACACGCAUUAUUGUAUAGGUAUUAAACAUAGCUUUGUCCCUCCGUUUUAUUUUUUGGAACAAAGUUCCUUGUCGGACGGUUGGCGGAGGGGGGCUAGGCGAAAAAAAGUGUAAGAUUUUUCAGCCACGGUUACACAUUUUAUCUCAACAAAUAAUCCAACAUAAUGUUCCACGUCCUGCUAAAUGCUAUUUCUGUAUCAGCAAGCAAAAUGGAGCCCUUCAUAGUGGGAGGGCAAGAGGUUUCCGUAGAAGACUGGCCAUUCAUUGCUUUCGUUGAGGUUACUUGGUUUGGUUUGUUAGCAAUGGCGUGUGGUGGGUCACUGAUCAGCUCGCAGACGGUGUUGAGCGCAGCGCAUUGUAUGGAUGAUAUCACGGAGAAGAAAGCGCAUAUGACAGGAAUAUCUUUCAACAUUUAUAUGGGUCAUACAUCGUACGCAAAAGCAAAAAUGACUCGAGUGGUCUUAGAUUACGAGACGCACGAAGAUUACUCGCCAGAAGACACCGAAGUGCGAUAUGACAUCGGCAUCAUGUUUUUAACGUCACCGGUCAGAUUUUCUGACAAUGUGCAGAAGGCGAUAUUGCAACCCAGCUUUAGUUUUAAAGAGGACAGUCAUAUGGUUAUAGCUGGAUGGGGUUAUACAGCCCCAGGAAAUAAAGGAACCGGGAGCGAGAGGCUAAACGCGAUUGAAAUGACCGCAAAGAAGUACAGGAGCUGUAAAAAUAUGUAUAAAGUCAUCUGUGCAGCCAGUGAAGAGGGACACCCUUUUACUGGAGACUCUGGUGGCCCAGUUUUAAACGUUCAAACUCAACACCAAGUCGGGAUAGUAUCGAUGAGAGAUCUAGACACAGGGAUCACCAUCUUGACCAGCGUACCGGAUUACUGGGAUUGGAUAAGAAAAACGCAACACAAGCUUUUCCGGAGAUUUUGUGGACAGAUAAAGUAAACUGGUUAAACGUA